ACGGACUAUAAACAAAUAAAAUGGCGGCGAUGUUGAAGUAGAAGAACCGGACUCUGAAGGAGACACCGUUUAAUUGUGUUAAGGAAGAGCUGCGGACGCCAUGGUGCUGAAGAUCUUCUUCCCACAGUGCUGCAACCGGGCGGAGAGCGGGCUGCUGGUGGGCCGCUGGAUCUCCGGCCAUGACUCGGCCGUGGUGCUGGCCGUCAUCCACUACCCGUUCAUCCCGGCGCAGGUCAAGCAGUACAUCCAGCAGAUGCAGGCUCAGAGCGGCGUUGAUUUGUCGGUUCUCGGCUCCUGGAGUCUCCCUAAAGACGGGCAGGAGGGCAUGGAGAGCUUCCUCAGGGACCUGAGCACCAUCUUCCCCCAGGAGCGCUGGCUCCAGAUCAAGAGGCAGUUCGGAAAGACGGGCUUCAGCUGCGAGGUGCUCAGCCGGGACCAGAUUUGCAGGAAGGAUUCAGGAGAAAAAGCAGAGAAGAAGCAGAGCGAAGAGGACGAUGGCGACGCAGAGCGUGAGGAUGAGGAGAAGGUGAUCUUCGUCCACUACGAGCAGAGGAAGGUGAUGCUGUCGCAGCUUCAUCCUGUGGAGGCCCAGGAGUCUGGGAGCGGAUCAGAACCUCACUCUGAGCUCAGACAGGUGUUUGGGACGGUGGCGCGCAGCCAGCCGCUCUUCGUCCUGGACCGGUACGAUGACGGGCCGCUGCGGUCGACCCACUGGCAGUCUGAGGGCCGGGAGGCCAGCAUCGUGGUGGAGCUGCUGAAGCAGGCCUCGGUUCCGCUGGGCCUCCUGCUGGGCCGGAUGCUCUCCGUCUGGACCUGGAUCUGCAGCGCCCGGAUCCUCAGCGUCUUCCCGCUGCGCUUCCUGUCCUCCAAGCUGUCCACCUGCGUCCAGCUGAGCUACAGAACCGAGCGGCUGCAGACGCUGGGCGCGCCGCAGGCCGACGCCCACAUGGACUUCAUGAGGAAGGCCAACGUCCUGGUGUCCGUCCUGGUGGACGUCUCGCUGGGCGUCCUGCUCAUGUCGUGGCUCUACAGAGACCAACAAAUCGCCAUGCUGGCCAGCAACGUGGUGCCGGCCGCCGACCGCGUGGCGCAGCAGCUGGAGGAGCUGCUGCAGUGGCUGAUGGGAGCUCCGGCCGGCCUGAAGAUGAACCGGGCCCUGGACCAGGUUCUGGGCCGGUUCUUCCUCUACCACAUCCACCUGUGGAUCAGCUACAUCCACCUGAUGGCGCCGUUCAUCCAGGGAAUCCUCUGGUACGGAGGCCUGUCCGCCUGCCUCGGCCUGACCUUUGCCCUCUCACUGCUGUCUGACAUGGUGGCGCUGUUCACCUUUCACAUCUACUGCUUCUACGUCUACGGAGCCAGGCUCUACUGCCUGAAGAUCUACGGCCUGUCGUCUCUCUGGAGGCUCUUCAGGGGGAAGAAGUGGAACGUCCUGCGGCAGAGAGUCGACUCGUGCUCCUACGACCUGGACCAGCUCUUCAUCGGAACGCUGCUGUUCACCAUCCUGCUGUUCCUGCUUCCUACCACCGCCCUGUACUACCUGGUCUUCACACUGCUGCGCCUGGUGGUGGUGCUGUUCCAGGGCGUCCUGCAUCUCAGCGUCGACUUCAUCAACUCCUUCCCUCUGUUCGCCAUGGCGCUGCGGAUCUGUCGCCCCUACAGACUGGCUGAGGGUGUGAAGUUCAGGGUGCUGUGUGAGGAGCCGGGCACCGCCCUCCACCUGCUGAUGGAGAUCAACCCUCUGAAGUGCAGCAGCGUCGUCCAGACCUACCGCACGCCGACCUACAGCUGCUACCCCAGAGACUCCUGGGCGGCGCUUGUCAAGAAGCUGUUCAUCGGGGAGCUGAUUUAUCCCUGGAGACACAAAACCACCAAGUCUGACUGACGGCAGAAACUGUGAAGCAUUCUGAGCAACUUGAAUGAUCGAUUAUGAACACUCAUUCCAUCUUUUUUAGUACAUAUUUUUAUUUUUGUCCACACUUAUGAAAGAUGUGAAACACUCCUGACGUAGUUUCAGUGCUGCUGCUUCACAGAACAAUAACAAUUUUAUUUAAUUUCACCCUAAUGGGAGUAAAAAUUUAUCAAAUUUUAACAAAUUAAAGGAUUUUGUUCUAACAAAAUGUUACAGAUUUAGAUUGUUAAAGGACUGAAGAUGAUUUCUGAUUGAAAAUUAAUCAAGAUUUUCUUAAUUUUAGUUAUUCGACAAAUAUUUAGAUUUUUUUUUAUGUGUCUUUAUUUAAAAGUUUGAUUUUCACUGGAAAAGCCAACUUUGAAAGAGAACCAACGUUUCUGCAUAGCUGUUCGUCUCAGCCAAUCAGAGACAGAAUGCUGGGUCAUGUGACACAACGCGCCGUGCAGGAUUCCUACUCAGCUUUUUCCAGGGCUGGAAAUGUGAUGAAAAUCUGAAAUUGUCUUAGAAAAUUAUCCCCGUUACUUUAAUUAUUCACAUUUUUUGUGGCUCUUGUUUAUUAAAAUAUCGAUCAAGUCCAGCCUUUAAUUUGAUUACAUUUGCACUAAAAAGAUCAAGUCGUUCAUUAAAAACAUUUUAAAUACAACUGAAAAUAAGCCCAGUCAUCAGAGGCACUUCACUAAGAUAAAUCUUUCAAAAAAUGUAAAAGGCAAACAGCAGAACUUUUAUUUAUUUUUUUAAAUUUUGUUUUAUUGUUUAUUUGAUAGAGACAAAAAAACGUGAAUCUAAUGCUUGCAUCACAGUGUAUUUAUCCAAAUCUAAUCGCAACACUCAGCGUGUAACAGCGCCCCCGGUGGUCGGAUGAAUAAACGUGUUACAGGUUUGGUGAAGUUGGCUAAAUGUCCACCAUACUUUUUCCUGUUUUAUUCUUUAGUUUAAAUUGUUUGUUUUUUAACCUGUUUUAUGACAUGUAAAAAUUUAUUCUUGAAAAUAAAUGAAAACUGAUCCAAACAUCAGCUCAGAGGUGUUCAGAUGGACGAUGUGGAGGAAUCCUGUGGCGGGAAAAGCAGCACCGAAGUCUGUUUUGUUUUGUUCUGCUGCUGGAAAACAAACUGCGGUUCUUCUUUACUCCAAGCAUUGAUGGUUUUGUCUCUAUUUUAAAAAAUCAUCUUGGAUUUAACUUGUUUUGUGCCUGCAGCAAAACCAGUUGGUGCCAAACUGGUAGAUGUUUCCCUAAAACUACUCAUAGUUUCAUAAAUUACGUGAAAAGAUUUCCCUCUGUUCACCGCUCCAAAAUGUGGCCAGUAGGUGGCGCUGUGAGCAGAUUUCCACUGUGUAAAACCUGGGUGUUUUUUUUAAAGACACUUUUCCAGCUGAUCCACCAGAGUUCGUCUGAAAACAUCUGAAACGGAUGCAGAGAAAAUUCUGUGGAAGGAUGUUUGCUGUUUGUUCUUUGAAUGUUUUUUUUUUCGUAUUCAUCAACGAGUAGCACCAGAAGUUUCUCAGCCCUUCAGGUGGAAGUUUGAGUUUCGGAUGCUUUUCCUGAUAAUGUGUAUGUUGGUCCUCUUUGAUGUUGUGUAUAAUUGAUCAGUAGCUUCAUCCUAAUCAAUAAACUUAUUUUGAAUAAAA